AUGGCAGCUCCCGCCAACAUGUCCUGGACCUUCAUCCUGAGUGGAAUUCCAGAACUGGGAGAUCACCAGCAAUGGUUUGCCCCUCUGCUCUGCGUUCUUUAUGCCACUGCUUUUUUUGGGAACUGCACUAUCCUCUUCCUCAUUAGAAUGGAGCGAGGCCUCCACCAGCCAAUGUUCAUGCUGCUCGCCAUGCUGGCCAUGACUGACGUUGGGGUGUCACUGACUACAUUACCCACAAUGCUCAGCAUCUUUUGCUUCAACUACAAUGAGAUCUACAGCGAGCUCUGCCUCACCCAGAUGUAUUUCCUGCACACAUUUGCCGCCAUGGAGUCGGGGGUGCUGGUGGCGAUGGCGGUGGAUCGGCUCAUUGCUAUCUGUGACCCAUUGAGGUACGCCUCUAUCCUUACCAGCUCAGCCACUGGCUGGAUGGGGCUGGUGAUAGUGAUACGGGGGGUGUGCGUGGUCUUCCCUAUCCCCUUCCUCACCAGGCGCUUUCCAUUUUGCAAGAGUCGGGUGCUGUCCCACUCAUACUGCCUGCACCAGGACGUCAUACGCUUGGCAUGUGCUGAUACCACAAUCAAUAGUGUCUAUGGGCUGUUGGCCGUGCUCAUGACUAAGGGUGUGGACUCCAUGUUCAUCCUGAUCUCCUACGGACUGAUUCUCCAGGCUGUGCUCAAGAUGAAAGCCAACGACGCUCGGCUAAAAGCCUUCAGCACCUGUGUGGCCCAUAUGUGCGCCGUCUUGCUCUUCUACAUCCCCCUCAUAGGCCUGUCAGUCCUGCACAGGGUGGGCACCCAUGUCUCCCAUCUCCUUGCUAUCAUCAUGGCUGAUGUCUAUCUCCUCCUGCCCCCCGUCAUCAACCCUGUGAUUUACAGCGUCAACACCAAGCAAAUCCGCCAGAAGAUGGUUCAGCUCUUUAGAAAAAGGAGGGUUGAGGUCCAAGCCAAUGGGAUUGCAGUAAUUAAAGUAUGA